AUGGCGGAGUGCGCCAGGACGGGGCCGGUCCCGGCGAGGGGGCUGGGCUCACUGCUGGCCCUGAUCGUCGCCUCCGCCCUGUGCGCCUUUUGGCAGUGGUGCGGGGCGUGGUGGCGGUCGCGGGGCCACCUGGACGCGCAGUGGGCGUGGCCGAGGCUGGCGGCCCUCUGGCUGGGCGUCGCGGCCGUGUCCACCCGCUGGACUCUGGCGCUGCGCAGGGCCGACCGUCCGAGGGGCCUACAGGUCGAAGAGUCCGGCGAACGGGGGGUUGAACUCCGCGCCAGCGCCCAGGCGGGCGUGGGGAUGAGUCAUGCGUCCCGUGGGAGGAUGCUGGAGCAAAUUCGGUCCGCAUGCGGCCCCAGGAAGGGGCGGCCGGCGACCUGCAAGCGGGCCAGCCACCCCGCCCUCCUGCCCGCCCGACCCUGCCACUCCGCAUCCCCGAAGCCCCUCACAGUGGUGCUGGACCUGGACCACACGCUGCUGGCGUGCUACCCCGCGGCCUCCGCGCCCCCUGAGGUUCUGUUCGCGGUGGACUCCGGCAAGCUCCGCGGAGCGAGGUUCAGCACCCGGGACGGGGAGCCCGUCGUUUUGGCGGCGAGGCCCGGCGUGGAGGAGUUUCUGACCAGAGUGUCGGCUUUUGCGGAGGUUGUGCUGUUCACCGCGGGAGAGGAGGCGUACGCCAAGCCGCUGGUGCAGUGGCUGGACCCGGGCGGGCGCAUGUUUUCGGCGUGCCUGUUCCGCGAGUCCACGGUGAGGACGCGGUACCACGAGAACGUGAAGGACCUGUGGGCGCUGGGGCGCGACCUGAGCAAGACGGUGCUGGUGGACGACAAGCCGCUGGCGGGCAGCCUGCAGCCAUUCAACCUGCUUCCCUGCCCGCCGUUCCUUGGGGACCCCUUCGACAGGGGGCUCCUGAAGACGGUGCUGCCCUGCCUGGAGGUGCUGCGGGGCGUGGAGGACGUGCGGCCGGCGCUGAGGAGCGGCUUCCGGGUGGAUGGGUACUUGAAGUCCUGCAGGAUACCCGGGGAGUACCUGAGGCAGGUGGCGGCCAACAAAGGGUGCACGUGCCACUACAGGAUGAAACCCGUCAGCCACGAGUACCUGGAGCUGAUGUCGUGA